CAGCUGAUAGAGGAAAGGUGACAUUGCUGGCCCAUUUUAAACGACACUGAGGUUGAAGCCCGUGCCAAUAUUGAUGUCUGUGCUAAAUAUACGGCCACCAGGGAGCCGCGCGUCCCACAAACGAGGUACCGUAUUGCUCAGCCAUGACCACCAAGGAGCGGAGACUCACGCGGGGUAUGACCCGCGAGGUUGACCCUUAUCUCAGCGAGGAGGACACAUCCCAAGAAGACUUGGAAGUAAUGGGACCCCGAAGACCCGGGAGUAAUGGAACCCGAAGACUUGGGAGAAAUGGAACCCAAAGACCCGGGAGUAAUGGAACACGAGACAGGGGGUUUACCUUUGAAAAUGACCAACAGUUAGUAUGCGGUUCAGAGCAAAAACACGACUCCCUGAAGGACGAUGCUGACUUCAACGCUAUAAUGGGGGCUGCCACUACAGGCUUUGCGCUUGGUGUGGGCGGAUAUUUUCUGCGGGAAAUUUUAGACGGCCUGCAAUCUGGCAAGGAAACAAAAAAACAGGCUGGUGGCAGAAAGACUGAGGAAAAAUCAGUGUCAGACUUGCUACUGGGAGCUGCAGUUGCUGGUGUAAUUGGUGGUGCAAACUCCGGUGUAAUGAAAGCAAUGGAGUUGGCAGAUUUGAAAAUUUAAUUAUAAACUUCGUGAAAUGACUCCUCAAUUAAUGUAACUGGGCACAUUUUCUCUAUAGACCUGCAAUAAACAGGUCUAUUUUAAUUUUCGUCCGUAUGAUUAGAGCACUUAUCUCAUAGAAACGGAUUUUUCUUGGGUAUUGAAUUUUGAAGCGCUUCACUCUGCUGGGCAUAGGGGUGUUUACAGGGUGCUAAUCUGCACACUGCAUAGCUGCAUGUUAACCGUAGUUUACUAAUAAGGAGAUUCAGAGAUAUACAUUCCAACAACUCAUUACUAAAGUUGAAAAAAUAACACAAAUGAAUUACAUUGAUGUUUCAUCAAUAGCACAUACAAUCUUUAAAAUAACAA